AUGGCUAAGGCAGAAAAAAGUACCUUCGCCGCCGAAAAAAGGUUCACCGAGGCUGAACCCUCUGAAUCCACUAAGUCAAAGAAGUCGAGGUCGGACUCAGCAACCACUUCGGGUUCUCGUAAAUCGGAUGACCCCUGGGCCCCCUCCAUCACUAUUGAGGAUAAGCUAGUCAAAGCCGGUGACAGCGCUUCUGAUAUUGAAGUCGGCAAUCCAGCAUGCCACUUCUUUGCGAUGCAAGCAGAGGAAAUAAAGAAGGAGUUGGUCCAUAAGACCAAGGAGGCUACUGGUUUGCUCAAGUCGCUGAACAAAGCCGAAGCCAAGAUGAAAUCCUUAAUAGACCAGGCCAAAGUGGCUAAACAGGCCCAAGAUGAAGCCGAAGAAAAGGCCGGUGCUGUAAAGGCUAUUGUUGCAGUUCUCAAAGCGGAGAAACAAGAGGCCGAAGACUCUCCGCUCAAAGAUGUAGGCCAACUUGUGCUGCCAUUCCCUCCCACUUCAAGCCAAUCCGAGGCUAAGGCUGGGGAGAAAGGAGAAGAAAAAGAAAAAGAAGGAGGGGAAGCCGAAGACGAAAAGGCCAAAAUGGCUGAUGCUGAAGAUCCUACUGGGGCCAAGUCCUCAACUCUGAAUGAGUAA